GCCACGCCCACAAGCAGGCACAAAUACGCCCGCGACGCUGACUCUGGCGGGUGGGGCUGUCGACACGUUCAACCCGUUCUGCUGACUCGAGAAGGAAGUCGGCCGUGUGGCUCUGGGUCUCCGGGCCCGCGACCGUCCGCCAGUCGUCCCGAGAAUCUCCGGCCUGUGAAACCGUGAGGGGAUUCGGCCACCCAGGCCACUCUUCACCUCCACCAUGAGCCUGGACAUCCAGAGCCUGGACAUCCAGUGUGAGGAGCUGAGCGAUGCUAGAUGGGCCGAGCUCCUCCCUCUGCUCCAGCAGUGCCAAGUGGUCAGGCUGGACGACUGUGGCCUCACAGAAGCACGGUGCAAGGACAUCAGCUCUGCACUUCGAGUCAACCCUGCACUGGCAGAGCUCAACCUGCGCAGCAACGAGCUGGGUGAUGCCGGCGUGCACUGCGUGCUCCAGGGCCUGCAGAGCCCCUCCUGCAAGAUCCAGAAGCUGAGCCUCCAGAACUGCUGCCUGACGGGGGCCGGCUGCGGGGUCCUGUCCAGCACACUACGCUCCUUGCCCACCCUGCAGGAGCUGCACCUCAGCGACAACCUCUUGGGGGACGUGGGCCUGCAGCUGCUCUGCGAGGGACUCCUGGACCCCCAGUGCCGCCUGGAAAAGCUGCAGCUGGAGUAUUGCAACCUCUCGGCUGCCAGCUGCGAGCCCCUGGCCUCCGUGCUUAGGGCCAAGCCAGACUUCAAGGAGCUCACGGUUAGCAACAACGACAUCAAUGAGGCUGGCGUCCGCGUGCUGUGCCAGGGCCUGAAGGACUCCCCCUGCCAGCUGGAGGCGCUCAAGCUGGAGAGCUGCGGUGUGACGUCAGACAACUGCCGGGACCUGUGCAGCAUCGUGGCCUCCAAGGCCUCGCUGCGGGAGCUGGCCCUGGGCAGCAACAAGCUGGGCGAUGUGGGCAUCGCGGAACUGUGCCCAGGGCUGCUCCACCCCAGCUCCAGGCUCAGGACCCUGUGGAUCUGGGAGUGUGGCAUCACUGCCAAGGGCUGCGGGGAUCUGUGCCGUGUCCUCAGGGCCAAGGAGAGCCUGAAGGAGCUCAGCCUGGCCGGCAACGAGCUGGGGGACGAGGGUGCCCGACUGCUGUGUGAGACCCUGCUGGAGCCCUGCUGCCAGCUGGAGUCGCUGUGGGUGAAGUCCUGCAGCUUCACAGCCGCCUGCUGCUCCCACUUCAGCUCGGUGCUGGCCCAGAAUAAGUUUCUCCUGGAACUACAGAUAAGCAACAACAGGCUGGAGGAUGCGGGCGUGCGGGAGCUCUGCCAGGGCCUGGGCCAGCCCGGCUCUGUGCUGCGGGUGCUCUGGCUGGCCGACUGCGAUGUGAGUGACAGCAGCUGCAGCAGCCUCGCCGCGACCCUGUUGGCCAACCAUAGCCUGCGCGAGCUGGACCUCAGCAACAACUGCCUGGGGGACGCGGGCGUCCUGCAGCUGGUGGAGAGCGUCCGGCAGCCGGGCUGCCUCCUGGAGCAGCUGGUCCUGUACGACAUUUACUGGUCUGAGGAGAUGGAGGACCGGCUGCAGGCCCUGGAGGAGGACAAGCCAUCCCUGAGGGUCAUCUCCUGAGGCGCUUCCUGCCGCUGCUCUCCCUGGACGACCGGCCUUGAGGCACCCCUGGGGCCCACCAGCCCCUGCCAUGCUCUCAUCCUGCAUAUCCUAGGUUUGAAGACAAAUGCUCAGAUCCGCUUAUUUCUGCCAGUAUAUUUUGGACACUUUAUAAUCAUUAAAGCACUUUCUUGGCA